AGCCAUCUCUUGCCUCUCGAGCCCCUUGAUUGCUGCAUCAUGGCGCACCUGCGGCUCGAAAAGGAGCUACUUAACCUCAGCGAUGGCACCAGCAUCCGCAUCGCCCGCACACCGGGCAUGGGUGACAAGGAGUGGCAGGACACCAAGAAGUACUUGGAAGCCAACCCGGAGGAAGCUCGCAGGAUGGAGCAGUUCUCCCGAGACGCCAAGGCCGUGCGCGCCUGGAUGCAGACGCAGGCCAUCACAGAGUACUACAACACGCGGCUGAGCAACGGCGACGAGACCGUCACCGGCAAAUUUAAUGCGCUGGAGAAGAACCCAGAGCUGGCGCAUAUUUUCGAGGACAUUAAACGCGGCGGCAACCAAGCUGCCAUGCAGCACUACAACAAUGAGCCUAUGAUGCUCAAGAUCAGUAGAGCCAUGGGUGGCGUGCCUGAAGAGGUGAAGACGGUCCUUCAGGAUAUCCAGAACAAGCCCAUCACUCUGCAGGAGGCCUGCCUGAAAGGUGACCUCAAGACCUUGGAGGAUUAUUUGCAGGCAGCCGGAGAGGAGAAGAACAUUGACGAGAAAGAUGCAAAAGGCAUCAGCUGCCUGGGCUAUGCCAUCGGUGCCAACCGCACGCACGUGGUGAAGAAGCUUCUGGAGAGCAAGGCAAAUCCUUGGGAAGUGGACAACAGUGGUGGCAAUUCCAUCCACUACGCAUCUGCCUAUGGCAGGAAAGAGCUGUGCGACUACUUUAUCAAGGCGAAAGGUGACGUGAACAAGCAGAACACGCAGGGCCAAACGCCCCUAGCGCUGGCGCAGAAGAACAAGAUGAAGGACGUGGCUGAGCUCCUGCAAAAGGCCGGGGGCAAGGCCUGAAGGCCAUGAGGCGGGGCCGCGGGACCUAGCGCGCUGGCAGUGAUGCUUCGAGCGGCUUCUCCCCAAUCGAAGUGCAUACCAACUGUGCUGUGGCACCGCCACAUGUUCCAGCCUCUGCGGCAGAGGUUGGACCUCAUUCGGAUGAUCAGAUUUUCAAGGUGCUUUUUC